ACACGUCAGUUAAUGUUGAUCAAGUUCAAUGUGCAGUUUUGGACGCCGUUUUUGCUUGUUUUGAAGUUAACAAAUAAGUUACAAACAAUAAAAUAAUAAAUAUAUUUUAAAUAAUUAUAGUUUUAAUAUUAUGUACUAGUGUUUUAUCAAACAUUCAACAAAAUGACGGACGAAGUUAUAAAACAUUCAGUGCACACGCUCGUAUUUAGAUCUUUAAAAAGAUCGCAUGAUAUGUUUCUUUCUAACCAAAGUAUGUUGCCGCCAAUUGACGAAAAAGCUGAAAAAAUAUUAAGAUCGGUGAAAGCCAGGGAUAGUUAUGGACAGGUGAUGUCCGCAGUACAGAAAGCUCAAGCCAUCAAACAACAGGAAGCUAUGAGCAGACCGGACACUCCACAUGAUACUGAGGUAGCCGAAUCGGCAGCAAUAGCCUCCGACAGUGCGAUGCUACCGUACAGUGCACCCACCAACCCAACACCAACGGCCAUUGUCCCAGCGCCAAGAAAAGCACCCACCAUGCCUCGGCCCAAAUGGCACGCUCCUUGGAAACUAUUCAGAGUUAUAUCAGGACAUUUGGGUUGGGUUCGAUGUGUCACGGUGGAACCUGGCAAUGAGUGGUUCGCUACUGGCGCUGCGGACAGAGUUAUUAAAAUAUGGGAUUUAGCGACUGGUAAACUAAAAGUUUCACUCACGGGACACGUCAGCACUGUUAGAGGUCUAGAAGUCUCAUCCAGACAUCCAUAUUUGUUCAGCUGCGGAGAAGACAGACAAGUUAAGUGCUGGGAUCUCGAAUACAACAAGGUGAUCCGCCACUACCACGGGCACCUGUCGGCCGUGUACGCGCUGGCGCUGCACCCCGCGCUGGACGUGCUGCUGUCGGCCGGGCGCGACGGCACGGCGCGCGUGUGGGACCUGCGCACCAAGGCCAACGUGCACACGCUGGCCGGCCACUCCGACACCGUGGCCUCGCUGGCGUGCCAGGCCGCCGAGCCGCAGGUCAUAACUGGUUCACAUGACUCAACAAUACGACUCUGGGAUUUAGCAGCGGGCAAAUCAAUAUGUACACUCACAAAUCACAAGAAAUCUGUCCGGAGUAUUGUUAUCCAUCCCACUCUGUACACAUUUGCAUCAGCGUCCCCUGACAAUAUCAAACAAUGGAAGUGUCCAGAAGGAAAAUUCAUUCAAAACUUGUCUGGACAUAACGCUAUAGUUAAUUGUAUGGCUGUUAACCCAGAGGGGGUACUCGUCAGUGGUGGGGAUAAUGGAACAAUGUACUGCUGGGAUUGGAGGACAGGAUACAACUUCCAGAGGUUACAGUCGGCAGUCCAGCCUGGUUCUAUGGACAGCGAGGCGGGUAUAUUUGCGAUGACAUUCGACCAAUCCGGUUCCCGCCUGAUCACCGCUGAGGCAGACAAAACCAUCAAAAUCUAUCGAGAAGAUGAAUCUGCUUCUGAAGAAACGCACCCCAUCAACUGGCGACCGGAGAUACUCAAGAGACGAAAGUUCUAAACUGAUUUGCUUGAUAAUAAAUAUAUUUUUGACUUGUAUUUUGUUUAUAUUAUGUCACGGUUACAUCUGCGAUUUUUUGCUGUCCCUAUUAGGAAAUCUGGUUGCAGCAUUAUGCAUAGGCAUAGGUUGUGACCUUAUUUUUAAGAAAAUAAUGCUUCCUAUAUGUAAUCAGAAGACUAAUUUGUUUUCAAGAUCUACACUCAAUCUUGAAAGACCAAAGUUCCAGAACGUUCCGUUCAAUAAAAAAACAUAAAUUUUGGA